AUGUCAAGCCAGCCACUCCUCCAGCGAUCCAGGGACAAGCGCAUCGCACUCCCCGUCCGCGUCGAACCCAAAGUCUUCUUCGCCAACGAGCGAACGUUCCUCUCAUGGCUCAACUUCACGGUCGUCCUCGGCGGUCUGGCGGUGGGCUUGUUGAACUUCGGUGACAGGGUCGGCAAGAUCAGCGCGGGCAUGUUCACCUUUGUCGCCAUGGCGAUCAUGAUCUAUGCCCUCGUCACGUACCACUGGCGCGCUAACGCCAUCCGCAAGCGCGGCUCAGGUCCCUACGACGACCGAUUGGGUCCGACCGUUCUCUGCCUCGCUUUGUUCGCCGCAGUCGUCACCAACUUCAUUCUCCGCUUCGCCGCAUAG